GUUCUGGCUCCGUGACGAUGACGUCGACCGUGACAUUGUUCAACGAAUUCACAUCCCGCUUCUGCUCCAUACUCGGCCGACUGGGUGUUGACUGUCCGGCGAUUCCUACACUGGCUGCCAUGCAGCUGCAACAGCGCGAUUUCAGGGAGCCAACGGCAAUUGCCUACGCGAACUAUUUCAACGGGUCGAUUUCGGUUCCCACAACAACUGCUGAGGCUAGCAGGCAGUACAGCACGGCCAAAGUCACCGAGUCCAGUGACUCUACCCUGCAAACAAGCACGGUGGGUGUAUCGUCAACGGUCAGAAACGUGACGUUCCAAAACGCUGCCGGUGUGUCGCCGGACUCGAGUCUAUCAGCAGUAGUCAGCGUCGUCGGCUUCGCAUUUGCGCUUCACUGCUUUAUGUUUGAGUGAUCUGUUUUCCUUUCUCAUUGCUUCUCUAUAGCUGGCUCUUCGCACUGAAUAGACGUGUGCUGCUCAAUAAAAU